GCUGCUUACACAUAAUACCGGUGGAUACGGAGGACGGCUCAACUAAGAAAAUGAUAAGGUCAUUCGAAUUACUGUGGCGAGCGAGUUUAUUGCUACAAUGAAACUGAAAAAAAUUGUACUGGCGAUAGGAAUGAGCGGAUGAUUUCUAUAGAGGCAAAGUCGAAUCAAGGGGGCAGGCAAAUUUGAUAUAAAUACGCCGGAGGGGGGGGCAAUGCGCUGUUAUCUGAGACCCUUGUGUCUGUCAAUGUGCAAGUAGACGCCAGAGCGGUGGAAGGUUUUGCUAAACCAAUCAAGGUGGAAUUGUACAAAACGAGUUCCACGUCCGGUGUAAUACGCACAUUACUGUGUUUGUGGGGGACGUGAAACAAGGAUGAUGCGCCUGGCUUGCUGCACCGUCCUCCUCUUCCUGCUCCGUCUCUUGGUGGGCCUGCCCUGGUUCCAGGUCCUCCCCUCCAUCCUCAUCUUCUACCUGGGCUCUGGAGGCUGGAAGUUCGUACUCAUUUUCGCCAAAACCAUCAGAAGAGAUUUACAUGCGGCAGGCGUCCUCCUCAAGGUGAAGUCAAACGUCAAUCGUCACCUGAAGGAACGAAACACCCUCCCUAAAAUCUUUGCCGAGACGGUGCGUCGCCAUGGGGACAAGACUGCGCUCAUUUUCGAGGGCACAGGCGAGAAGUGGUCCUUCCGGCAGCUGGAUGAGUACUCCAACCGUGUAGCCAACCUGCUGCUCCAGAGGGGCUUCGUGGAAGGGGAUGUGGUGGCUCUCUUCAUGGAGAACCGGUCCCAGUACGUGGGCCUCUGGCUGGGCAUGGCCAAGAUAGGAGUGGAGGCUGCUCUGAUCAACUUUAACCUGCGGCUGGAGGCCCUGGUGCACUGCGUCACCAUCUCAAACGCUAAGGCUGUGGUGUUCGGCAGCGAGCUGACCGAGGCUGUGUGUGAGGUCCACAGUUCCAUGGGGAAGACGGUACAGAUGCUGUGUUCAGGGGACUGGGACCCCAAACGUGUCCCCUCAGGGACAGAGUGCCUGGAGCCUCUACUGGAUGCCGCCCCGACCCACCUGCCCAUCCGCCCAGACCGCUGCUUCACUGAUCGUCUGUUCUACAUCUACACAUCUGGGACCACCGGGAUGCCCAAAGCUGCCAUCGUGGUGCACAGCAGGUACUACCGCAUGGCAGCCUUGGUAUACUACGGCUUCGGUAUGACGUCUGAUGAUGUGUUGUACGAUUGCCUUCCACUCUACCACUCCGCAGGAAACAUUGUUGGCGUGGGGCAGUGCCUGAUCCACGGCAUGACGGUGGUCAUCAAGAAGAAGUUCUCUGCCUCCCGGUUCUGGGACGACUGUGCCAAGUACAACUGCACGAUUGUCCAGUACAUCGGGGAGAUCUGCCGGUACCUGUUGAACCAGCCGGUAAAGGACAUAGAGGGUAAACACAAGGUCCGUAUGGCGCUCGGUAACGGCCUGCGCCAGUCCAUCUGGGAAGAGUUCACCUCUCGCUUCAACGUACCACAGAUAGCAGAGUUCUACGGAGCCACAGAGUGCAACUGUAGCCUGGGAAACUUCGACAACAUGACAGGAGCAUGUGGUUUCAACAGCCAGAUCCUCCCCUUCAUCUACCCCAUCAGACUGGUGAAGGUAGAUGAGGAGACCAUGGAGCUCAUCAGAGGCCCCGAUGGCGUCUGCAUUCCCUGUGGGCCUGGUGAGCCCGGCCAGUUGGUAGGCAGGAUCAAUCAGAAAGACCCCCUGAGAAGGUUUGACGGCUACGUGAACGAAGGAGCCAACAGCAAGAAGACUGCUAACAGUGUCUUCAAGAAGGGAGACACUGCCUAUCUCUCAGGCGACGUCCUAGUCAUGGACCAGUAUGGCUACAUGUACUUUAAGGAUCGUACAGGGGACACGUUCCGUUGGAAGGGAGAGAACGUGUCGACCACAGAGGUGGAGGGAACCCUGAGCCGUCUGCUCGACAUGAUGGACGUGGUAGUCUACGGAGUGGAGGUGCCAGGGGCUGAGGGGAAGGCUGGGAUGGCCGCCGUAGCAGAUCCAGAGAGAUCUACAGACCUGGAGAAGUUUGGGAAGGAUCUAGAGAAAGCUCUGCCACCCUACGCACGACCCGUCUUCCUACGCUUCCUCAAAGAGGUCAACAAGACAGGCACCUAUAAGUUCCAGAAGACAGACAUGCGGCGGGACGGUUUUGACCCCAGCAUGGUAUCAGACAAACUGUACUUCCUGGACCCCACCAGGGGGCGCUAUGUGGAGCUGCAUCAGGAGCUCUACAGCAGCAUCAUCUCAGGGAAGCAGAAACUGUAACUGUGAGAUCUGAUCACUCUUGCCACCCCCCCCCCCCCCAAAAAAAAAGAAAUCACCCCAUCCACACACACACACACACACCCUAUUCCUGAAGUCACUCUCCCUCCCCCAGAGAAACUCUUAACUCUUACAACCCACCUCUCUGCUCUCUAAGCCCACACCCCUCAUUACUUCAGUGACCACAGUGAGGGGCAGCUGGCUCAUCCAGGUCAUAUGACAAGCCAAUCUGACACCAUAUCCCACGAUAGACCUAGAGUGACCUUUGACCUCUAAAGGCACCUCCCUCCCAGAGCUUGACCUUGACCUGCCCUGGAGCUAUAGGAACGCUCGCUGGAAGGACACAGCUCGCUGGCUGAGAGGGGCGUGUGGCAUGUCCAGAAUGCAAAAACAUAGUAACUUACUCCAAAUGUAAGAGUCCUAGCUAUAGGAACUUGACACAGUGAAAGAACUUGAAUUGAUUGAAGGAAACAGUCCUGUUGGUCUGUCGGUUUGUCCGUCUCAUGUUGAGGUCAUUCUCUCAUAGGUCCAACCUGCACACUGCCCAGUCAGUGACCAGUGGCUUCUGUUGUGACACAAAAUGGCCGAUUUGGUUUUAGUGGUGUUGACUCGGCACAUCCAUGUUAGACAUACAGUACAGCUAACCUGAAACUGAUGGAUUUAAGUGCAAUAGGGCUCCAGCAGUGGCAGUGUACAGCUGUGAAGAAGCUCUCUAAUAUAUUGAAAUGUCUGCAUUAUACCAAAUAUAUUUAAUUUGUAGAAUAGUCUUUACACGUUUGAAAACAAAAGGAUGAUUGUAUGUUCAAGUUCCUGAUAAUAUACCAAUUCUAAUCAUGUUUUACUAUAUCCACAAUUGUGCUCGGCUUUCUCCUGACCUCACCCACUAGGGGUGGUCCUCCUAGUCUUCAACUAUAGAAUCUACAGACCAACUCCCAGCUGCUGGAGCACCAAUAACUCUUAGUUUCAAACCUGGUUCUGAAUGUUCUGUUCUGAUUCUGGGUAGAAGAUUCAGAUUCAGAAUGUUCUGUUCUGAUUCUGGGUAGAAGAUUCAGAAUGUCCUGAUUCUAGGUAAAUUCGUUGUUGUUUUUUUGUCUGUGUCAACAUUGUGCAGGUUGGGCCCAAUGGAUUGGCUUUGUCUUGUAUGGCACAGUAGACAUUUUUAAGCUUGCCGGAGAGCGUGCUGAAGUGAGAAGCACUAACCUCCUCUGUCUCUGAGGUGUUGUUGAGGAUAAUACUCUGGUGCUACGGACAGAAGGAGACUGACUCUGGUGCAGCAAGCCAAAUGAUCUAAACCAGGCCUCUCCAACCCUGUUCCUGGAGAGUUACCGUCCUGUAGGGUUUCACUCCAACCAUAAUCUAGCACACCUGAUUCUAAUAAUUGAUAAGCUGAAUCAGGUCAGUUAAAACUGGGGUUGGAACAAAAACCUACAGGAGGGUAACUCUCCAGGAACAGGGUUUGGGAGACCUGAUCUAAAGAUGGCCCUUGCUCAAAGGGGGAAGAGGAGAGGAGAAGAGAAAAUAUUCUUAUUUUCGUUAUUGUUUGUUCUUCUACUUUCUUGCUUCAUCUUCUCAGCAGCAUGAAUGAUCAACAGAGUACUGUGCCUUUACUGUGAGUUUACCCUCAGAUUCACAGACCCUGUCCCCAUCACCCCCUACCCUAACCCUUCACUCCCUACAGUCCCAUCACCCCCUACCCUAACCCUUCACUCCCUACAGUCCCAUCGCCCCCUACCCUAACCCUUCACUCCCUACAGUCCCAUCACCCCCUAACCCUUCACUCCCUACAGUCCCAUCACCCCCUAACCCUUCACUCCCUACAGUCCCAUCACCCCUUAACCCUUCACUCCCUACAGUCCCAUCACCCCUUAACCCUUCACUCCCUACAGUCCCAUCACCCCCUACCCUAACCCUUCACUCCCUACAGUCCCAUCACCCCUUAACCCUUCACUCCCUACAGUCCCAUCACCCCUUAACCCUUCACUCCCUACAGUCCCAUCACCCCCUACCCUAACCCUUCAGUCCCAUCACCCCCUUACCCUAACCCUUCACUCCCUACAGUCCCAUCACCCCCUACCCUAACCCUUCACUCCCUACAGUCCCAUCACCCCUUAACCCUUCACUCCCUACAGUCCCAUCACCCCUUAACCCUUCACUCCCUACAGUCCCAUCACCCCUUAACCCUUCACUCCCUAGAGUCCCAUCACCCCCUACCCUAACCCUUCACUCCCUACAGUCCCAUCACCCCUUAACCCUUCACUCCCUAGAGUCCCAUCACCCCCUACCCUAACCCUUCACUCCCUACAGUCCCAUCACCCCCUACCCUAACCCUUCACUCCCUACAGUCCCAUCACCCCUACCCUAACCCUUCACUCCCUACAGUCCCAUCACCCCUAACCCUUCACUCCCUACAGUCCCAUCACCCCUAACCCUUCACUCCCUACAGUCCCAUCACCCCUUAACCCUUCACUCCCUACAGUCCCAUCACCCCCUAACCCUUCACUCCCUACAGUCCCAUCACCCCUUAACCCUUCACUCCCUACAGUCCCAUCACCCCUUAACCCUUCACUCCCUACAGUCCCAUCACCCCCUACCCUAACCCUUCACUCCCUAGAGUCCCAUCACCCCCUACCCUAACCCUUCAGUCCCAUCACCCCCUACCCUAACACUUCACUCCCUACAGUCCCAUAGCACCCUACUCCCUCACUCUCCUAUCGCUCCCUUGUCUGUCCUCUGUCCCUAUCAUCAGGUAUUAACCCACAUUUCCCAUUCACUUUUAUUCAGCACCCCAAUUCUGUUGUACCCUAACCCAUGGUCACUCCUGUUAGGCAUGUCUCCCAACCUCUCACCUAGUCUCCCAACCUCUCACCCAGUCUCUCACCCAGUCCCUCAAACGCUCACCCUUCCCAGGCACCUCUGUUUGAUCCUUGCUUCUCUUGUUAUGGCUAGACAUUCCUCUCGGUCGGUCAUGAUGUUAUUCCCGCCGCUCCGAGGACAUGGCGUGUGACUAACGACAGUCACCUCCCCAGCUCUCGUACCGUCGGCAGUACUCUACGUGAUGUGUCACCGUGUCCUCUCAAAACAAACAAAUUAUGAGCCGGUUUCGUCAACCAAAUAUCCUGUCUGUGUGAAAUGGAAGGUGGAGACCGAGGCACAAUGAUUCUCCUUGUCUGGUGUGUCUCUUGUCGUGUUACACGUGCACACCUCGCUGAUGAGGAAGAGGAAGUGACAACAUAGUUCUCCAGCUCCACCCAUCAGUAUCAGUGUAUUUAUUACCCCUUGAUGAUCGUUUCAUUUGUCAAAUGUUUGAGGAAGAAAAAUGUUUAAUUAAGGGGGGGGAAUGUUGCAAAGAAGAGUAUAUACAUUUUGGGGUUAUAUGAGAAUGCUGCUUUGACUCUUGUGAUCCUGGGGUGUCAAAUGAUAGUAUGACCACAAGGUGGCGCCUGACUGGGCAGCCCCACAGGAGUCCAAAUGGGCAUUGGGCAAUAUUCUGAAGUGGCUUCCUUUCCUUGUCUCCUUUCCUCCAUCUGCACUGAUCUGAAAGGAGUGGAGGUGAAAAAUAGCCAUAUUGUUUACACCUAUGCUGUUGUGUUGAAGCAGAGGAGACGAGGAGAGGAAUCUGUUUUAGACUAUUGAGAUUCACCUCCUCUCUGCCCCAGAUGUUUCCAUUCCCACUUUUUUGUAAUUUUAAAUUAUUAUUUUAUAAAGUAUUCUUGAUCUGAUUGUGCAUUGACUGUGUCGCGGCUAUGCAUUGCAUUUGUUAGUUAUUUUCUGUGUGUGAAAUCAAAGCUUUGAUGUCGCAGGGUUCUGGAAGUGAGUGAAGGGUUUCCGUGAGUUUAUAUGUCUACCUGUUUGACUGUAACCAGAACCUAAACCUAUGACGGCACCAGCCCACUAUCUUAUGACACUGAAUAGAGACAGACUGUCUUCUGUCACAGGCUCUCUGAGGUUAUGUGUCUUUGGGAUGGUUUUCUGGACACAGAUUAAGUUUAGUCCUGGACUGAAACAUGUCUCCAUUGAAUAUGCUUUUUAGGGAAACCAACCCCCUAUGUCUGUCAAACCAAUGGGAGCUAUAGUAGUGUGAGAGAGUGACAGGGUGUUGGUCACAUCUUUAACCACAGGGAGGCUUUGUUUCCCAGAAAAAUCCUCAUUGCUGCUGCCUACUGCUACCCAUAGAGAUAGAUAAAGGACUCAUCUUUGUAUCUGCGCCAUUAUAAUGCCUAUGGCAGCAUGGAGUAGUCUCCAUUAGGAAGUAGUCAAUUUUCUUAUUCACGAUUGGCCGAUCCCUCCUGAUGACCCGGUUGGACAUAACUCCAACAGGGUCUCCAGGAUGGAUCAGUCAAUGAAGUUUGAAGUCCCACCCAGUUGACUACUUUCAAAUUGUGGAAGCCUUCAAUGGCGCUGCCCAUGCUAACAUGGCCUUUUGGCCACUAGAGGCCUGUAUCAUUCUCUAGUACAGUGGUCACCAACCUUUUCUGAGUCAAGAUCACUUUCUGAUUCAAAAUGCAAGCUGAGAUUUACCGCUCAUAUUUAUUUUUUAAAUGUAAGCCUAUGCAACAUUAACCAAUUAAAAACUGUUCUGUAGCAAUGAGGUUUGUGCAGUAGGUUAUGGGCCGAAGACACUCACUGUAUAUUGGCUACGCUUGACUUAUCCUGCCAAUGUUGUUCUUCUCAGACCAUUUUGAAAUUAUAUAUUUUUUAAAUGUGGUAUAUGAUCACACUGGUAAUUGUUGUAUUCAUUGUGAGGCACAGCUCAGGCUCAUGACCUGCAUCUGAUGGUCAGUCUGAGGUGAGUGACACAGUCCAGCUGAAACUCAAGUAGCACUGCAUUAUCUCUGUCUCAUGCACCAAUUCAUGUUGUUACUCCUAUGACCAGAGAAAGUGAAAUAUUCCUUUAUAUUAAAAAAGACAAGCUGCUAAUAAUAACGCAAGCUUAUUGAAACACUUAUUGAAACACUUUGCUAUACUCAUUCAUUACAGCUGCGGUACAGCUGCAUGUGUGUUUUAACAAAUUGCAUCUCUCUGGUCAUGGUUUUGAAAUCUCACAGAUGGCUCAGAUCACUGUGCAGUCAUGGUGAUCUGGGCUAUCUGAUUGACCAGUGGUAGGCCUAUAGGUGCCCUUGAUUUGCUCUCUGGGACGACCGGGUAGGCGGAGUAUUACCUUCAGACACAUGAAGUGGUUAAAAACACCUGGCCUUCCCAGCGCCAGGGCUGCUGAAUCAACUGCACCUCCCGCCAACAGCACUAAAUAAAACCAAACAGUAGGAACGCAAGGCUUUAUCGUUGGGUUUUUAACAGAAAUGUUUGGUGAUCGAAUAGAAAUGCCUUGGAGAUCGAAUUGUCCAUCACGAUCGACCGGUUGGUGUCCACUGCUCUAGUGCUACCAUACCAGUGAACCUUCAUUCCAUAAGAGUAACCAUUAUGUCCCUAACUAAGUUUAUUAAAGAAUGUCUGAUGUAUUUGUAAAAUCAAUGCAUUGCUCUUCUAUAGUACUGGGAUUAUGGCUAAUGAAUAAAACAGAAUGAUGAAUGGAAACAGUAUGCUUAUCCACUGUGUUGUAUUGAAGAGUCCAAGGGUCAGUAAGUAAUGGUCUAUACCAUGCUUUUGAUCAUCAUUCACAUCAGUUAUAUGGUAUGCUUGAGCUAAUCGUGAGGCCUGAUGCUACGAGAAACAGGAAGUAAGAUAUAGCACUAGAAGCCUGCAUUGAAUAAUUAGUUUUUUGUGGGGUGUUUUACUCCUUUUUGGCAAUGCACUCUAGCCCUUUGAUCUGUCAAGGACACUGCAUCAGACACCUAAACCUAUCAUGGGGUAGUGUGGGGACCAAAACAUCUAACUGAUGAUUGAUUGGGCCAUAAUUCUGUAUCUCUGGUCAGAAAGAAUCACUCCAGUUCAGUAAUAAUAAUAACCUGUUCUUCUCACUGACCUGGCCACAUGAUGCACAUUUAAUUUGUCUUGUUUUUCUGUUCUGUUGUGGUACUCAGGAACAAUGAGCAAUGGCAGAGAAGUGAAGGUGUGUGUUCCUUUGUUGGACAGGCUGCCAUGCUUAGUAUGUCAUACAGAGUGUGUGUGGAGGAGGUGUGUGAGGUGUGUGUUGUCUGCAACACACUGAUGUCAUCUUGUAUCUAAAAGACUAGCUGGCUGUAAAUCAUGCAUUUAAAAAAAAACAUUGCCAACGGCAAAUCCAUAUUAAUAAAAAUUAUUUAAAUUGUU